UUAGAAUAAAAAUGAAGUCAGAUAAAGCUCACAAGGACUACCUUGAAGCGCUAGUUACACCAGUAAGAAAACAGAGACAAUGCCCACUCUCCCAGGAGAAGACUCUCAAAUUCAUACCCAGUAGUUUCAAAGAAAACAAAAAGGCAAUGGUAAACACAAAGAAGGAGCCCUCCACUGAGUCCAAGUUGAAAUAAGAGGAACACUAUCAACUCCACAUCUAUCGAGAUUCUCAAGAUAGAAAUACCUCAAGAAGACCAUAGUUUAUUAGAGCAGAGGAUUCAGAAGAUUGAGAGUAUUCAUCAAGAACAUAUAACUCAAGUGAAAGGACAAUUUCAGGGAAGAAUAAAAGAUUUAGAAGCUGAAUUAUCUGCAAUUAAAAAUAAUGUCUUGGAAAAUGAGGAAAUUCCGGCCAAUUAUCUUGAGGAGCAACAAAAUGCCCAGUUACCUUUAUCUGACUCAGUUCUUGAGCUGCUUAAUUCAUCCCGUAGUGUUGAUAAGAAUGAGCAGGAGGUGCAUCAGAAGGUUGUUCAAGAGCUUGAGAAACAGCUGAAUAAAAUGCGAGAAGAAUACUUCAAAGAGACCCAAAAUAUCAAAGAUCAAUGUCAGAAAGAAUUAGACGACCAGAAGGAAAAAUAUGAGGCACAUUUACAAGAAAUCAAACAGUGGCACCAACUGGAGAAGACUAACCUUGAAGAUCGAAUCCAGAGACUUCAGGAUGCUGACUCAAGUUGUGCAGGGGAUUCCUACAUUUCGACCACUAGCAAGGAGAUGAGUGUGUUCCACUUGACAGACCAAAUAAUGUCCCUAAAUAAUAAAUAUUCUGACUUGAAGAUCUCCUCAAGCCAAGAGAUAGGAUGCUUGCAGAACAAAAUUGAUAACUUACUCGAAGAACUUACUAAGAAAAAGGAAGAAAAUGAUACUAUGAGGGAAAGACUUAAGAAGAGUGAAUGCAAAUAUCGCGAUACCAACGAGACUCUUGCAAUUAAGAUCAAGAAGUUCGAGAGAAUAGUCAAGACCAAGGACAUCGACUCAAAGGUAGUCCAAGAUCUCCAAGGCCAAGUCAGCAGUCUUAAAAGAGAUAUGUCCAGAUGUGAACAAACUGAGAAAAAGUUAAAGGAAGCUAUCAAGAAGAAAAAGGAGGAACUAAUGCGGGAAAAGAAGCUAAGGAAAGCUGAAAGCAAGGUAGAUAUUAACAUGCAGCUGAGAAAACAAGAGCUCAUGAAUAAGUUAGAGAAAGAAAACCGAAAGAUUAAGGCUGAAAAUAUGAAGCUGCAGGAGGAGAACAACAAACUCAAAAAUAGGCUUUCAGAAUUUAUUUUUCCUAAAGAUGGAGACCAGGAAGCGUUUCAGACUCUUCAAAAUACAAAUAAUAUGAAUAAUUCCUUCCAAAUAUCUGAAAAUAAAUGCAGAUCUCCUACCCCAAGUGAUAAGGAGGGAUUCUCAAAGCGUAAGCUUAGUCAUCAAAGUGCCUGUAAAGCUGAUAAGACUUUUGAUGAUCGAGGUACCUCAUCAAGGCAGUUUAUUGGAAUUUAUGAAAAUACUAUUAACAAUACAUGGGUGUUCCCAAAAAGUAAAUAUACAACUCAAACUCCAAAUAAAUCGCCUGAUGUAUUUGGUGGUAAAAGGAGAUUCUGCUCUCCUAUAAAAACCCAGAGAAAUGUUGGAAGCUCAAACAAGUACUGUGAGACUUGCAGAGAUGAUGACUCCAAGCCUAAGAAAUGAUCAUAUGAUCCUCUUUCCCUGAUGAACAAUCGAGAUAUUAUUAAAUAAUAUAGAAUGCUUUGCCUGUGAGAAGAUCUAUGACCCUCAACACUUUAUAAAUCACUCAAAGAAUUGCAGGUUAUUAUAUGGAAUCUGUCCUGUAAAUAGCAAGGAAAUAAUCUGAUUUAAAAAUUCCACUUGCUCAUGAGAAAAUUGAGAAAUUUCCAUAUCCUCCUCAAAUAAAGAUGUUUGUACUAAAAAGAACAGAGAAUGCUCGCAAGAGGCUGACCUGCAGCCUAGCACCGACAGUGACCUCCUUCUCCCACCUAAUCCCAUCUACCCCCGCUCUUCCACCCUAAACAACACUUGUUCAGAUCCUAGUGCCUCGCUGCUGACCGCUCCCGUUCAAGAUUCCUCCAAAAGAGUUCUCCAGAGUACAAAGCCAUCUAAGCAAAAUCCCAGUCGUCAAAUCUCAGAGAAGGCAAGACACAACUUGUUCUAUGACCGUCAAUCCAAACGCCACAUAAACCCGCAUCUAUUCCUAAACACCAUCAAUGCCUUUGAUAAGAUAGAGGGUGUCCUAGCUGAGAACAAGAGAAAGAUGAAGAAAGAGCAAAGAAGGUCAUUCUUGUAUAAGUCGAAUACAAGUUGUAAGAGCAAGAUGAUCUCAUAUUAAAUACCUAUCAACAGGACUGACGUAUGACUAUCCAUGCUGAAAUCAGCUAAUUUUUUUAGAAAAUUUCUA